CUCGCCUGCUCGCCGCGCGAUGGCCUCGCUGCGAGCGGAGCGCGCCGCCGGGGGCCCGCGGCUCCCCGCGACCCGCGCCGGGCGACCGGCAGCGCUCCGCCUCCUCCUGCUGCUGGGCGCUGUCCUGAAGCCCCAGGAGUCCCUGGCUCAGCAUUUUCCCACCCCAGAUUACUUAAAUUUAGAAGGGAAAACACUGGAGGAGAACUAUGAGACAGAUGCCCAACUUUGCUGGCACGAUUAUAAGGAUUAUAUGGACUCUAUCAAAAAGGAUUGGUGUGACUGGGCCCUGAUUAGCAGGCCUUAUAGCAUCCUUCAAGAAUGCCUGGAACAGAAAGCAGAUGCGUUCAAGCUGGGCUUCCCCAAUCCCUGGGCAGAACGGAUCAUCUUUGAGGCUCACCGGAUCCACUUUGCCAACUGCUCCCUGGUGCAGCCCACCUUCUCAGACCCCCCAGAGGAUGUGCUCCUGGCCAUGAUCAUGGUCCCCAUCUGCCUCAUCCCCUUCCUCGUCACCCUCGUGGUAUGGAGGAGUAAAGACCCUGAAGCCCAGACCUAUGGCGUGAGCUCUUCAGUAGCCAUCUUCCUCCUUCCCUCUGCCACCACCAGGUCUCUCUCCUCCCCCCUCCCGACUUCCUUCCCUCACUCCCACCCCAACCGCAGAGCCUUAGAUUGGUGGAAAUGGAAGCUGGGUGGUGUCAUGGCACAAGUUCUGUAAUCUUGAAAAUAAAACUUUUUUUUUUUUUUU